AUGGCUCCUUUGAGAACGGGUGAUGAAGAGCUGUACAUCACCAGGUCACAAGCUUAUAAUCUCUAUACGUCGCAUUUCCUGUCGACGUGGAAUAUCAGGACUUAUGAGUUUGCUGCCAUCAUCUUCACGCAAGCUGCAUAUCCGAAUACUUUGAGACCAGCUGCUGUUCGUGGCAUCGUGAGAACAUUGGCAUCGAUAUGCUUGACCUCCAAAGUCGGCCGAUGGGUAGAUCAAACUCCCGACCGCUUGAAGACCCUCAUAAACACCAUCUCGGUCAACCGAAUAGCAGUCAUCGGUGCAUCAGUGUUAUGGUUCUUCAUCGUAGAGCCAAGUCACGGAGGAGCUCUUCAUUCUACAUACGGAUCCGAAUACGUCGGCCUUCCAUUCCCAGAGCUUCUCAAAGGAGGAAUCUUCGCUCUUAUCCUCAUGCUCGGAAUCCUCGAGAUCCUAUCUGGACAAGGAAACAUGCUAUCCAUGGAACGAGACUGGGUGGUAACAGUCGCUGCACCAGCAGGCCGACCAUACGAUCUCACACAUUUGAACGCAGUCACCAAACGCAUCGAUCUGAUCUGUAAACUCAUCGCCCCGAUACUCAUCUCAAUCAUCAUCUCUUCAACUAACAACAAAGUCGGAGUCCUGGUCGUUGGCGGAAUGAGUGCUUGUAGUUGGUUCCUAGAAAUUUUCUGUGCGAGAAUGGUCUGGAACAAGAAUCCUAAACUACAAGCUCCGAAACCAUCGGCUCGAAAAUCUCACCUUGGUCCCGAGGAACGAAGGAACAUCUUCAUUAGAGCGAGAGAGGGAUUUGAGCAUUACACUCAAGAUUUCAAAAACUACUUCUCAAGUCGUGUUUGGAUCCCUUCUUUCUCCCUCGCUAUGCUGUAUUUUUCGGCUCUGGCGUAUAGCUCGAAUUUCGUUACGUUUUUGAUCAAUGCUGGUAUUUCGCUCGAAGUUAUUACUAUUGCUAGAGCGUGUGGGAGUGUAGUCGAGAUUAGUAGUACACUUGUGACGCCUUUCGGGGUGAGGAUUUUGGGGAAAGCUGUUAAUCAUGGGCGGUUUAGAGGGAGAGAGAGGGGUAAUUCUACGGCGGCUUUGCUUCAGCAUGAGGUGGAAGCAGACGAAGAAGAGGAUGGGAACGAGGAGAAGUGGAGAGCUGAAACGGGGUGUGAAAGAUUGGGACUUUGGGGAUUAUCGUGGCAAUUAGCUAAUCUGAUCCCCGUCGUCCUAGCACUCUUCUACAUGUCCUCAACCACAACCUCAUCACCAGCCUUCAACCUACCCCUCCUCUCCCGCCUUCCAAACACAUUGUCCGGCCUCCCCACCCCCCUCCUAACCCUAACCCUCUUCACCUUCCUCUCGCUCUCGCGCCUCGGCCUCUGGAUCUACGACCUCACAACCCAACAACUAACACAAACGCUCGUCCCGCCCACCCACCGCUCGUCCUUCACCGGCGUCGAGUACUCGUUCUACAACCUCUUCGAACUGCUGCAGAACGUUGCUGCGCUGGUAUUUGCUACGCCGGAACAGUUUAAGUGGCUAGCGGUGUUGAGUCUCGGGAGUGUGGUGGCGAGUUGGGGGAUGUAUGCGGGUUGGGUUUGGUGGGUUAGGGGGCAUUUGGUGCAUUGGGAUAGGGUGGUUUGCGGGAAGGAGUGUGGUGGGGAGAGGAAGAGAGGUGGUGGAGGGGGUGAAAGGGAGAGGUGA